UUGUUUUUGUUGCUGCUGUUCCUGUUAACAAAUGACCCACCGGUAUGUUAGCUUCCAUUUUAGCCGCUGUCACUCCUUUUAUACAAAUGCUUUUAGCGUUUUCUUGCAUACUAAUAAAAAUUGGAUAUUUUUAGGCGGUUGGCACAACUUGUGUUCAAUUCUAAGUCGGCGUUAGCGUUUAAAGUAAUCAAAAACCGUGGCAUUACACGGAUAGAUCCUCGUUGAAUAAGCAGGGAAGCCCCUGAAAAACGCAUGAGUUUUCAACUUUCCUUACGUCGUCAUGACCGAGAGAGCUACCAAAGACACAGCAAACAGGAGGCUAUCAUUGUCCAAGACCAAGAAGAAAGGAAGUGUUAAAGCUGGGAUUUCUGCCAGUCCUGCUACCACAUCUCCAAUCACCUCGUUUUUCAGCAGCCAGCCUCCUCCUCGGCUUGCCUGCCCCCUGUGUGGCCGAUUGGUACCAAGAUUCAAGAUCAAUGAGCACAUUGAUUUACAAUGUCAGAACUUUGAGAGAGGAGACAGCAGUGCAACCUCAGCAAGUGGUAGUGUUGUGCCAAACACCCAGCUGUCACCCAGAAGGAAUCCUCCAAAAUCCCCAGAGCUGAAUCUAAGCAAGGAAGAAGAGGUGAAAGAGACCAGUACCAGCCCUUAUUUUAAAAAGAAUAACUGCCAGCACAUACCACAGGAGCUGAGCAGUAAUCGUGUGGUCAGGACGCUUGACCUGGGAAGUCUUGCCUCCAAGUUAUCUAAGAAAUGUCAAAAGGCACCUGAGAGCACAGUGAAAGAGGAUUCAAAUUCACAAACAUUUACUGAAAAGGAGAUAUGCUCUUCUGAGACACUCAGCAACUCACAGAAAGAGAAUUUGAUUCAGAGUUUAGAAUACAGAAAAGAUUGUGUGACGGUCAUUGACCUGACAGAAAGCAGCCCAAAGACUCCAAAAGCAGUGGAAAGUCUAUCGUGUUCAGAGGAAGGACUCAAAGCAAAUGAAUCUAAAUCAGUCCAAAAACGGAUUACCCCAAAGCUGCACUCCUCUCCCUCUAAACUUGCAAAGAGAAAACCCUUCACUGGCCACAAAUCUGUCUUUAGAAAGAAAGCAAAAUAUGAUUACAAAAACAGAGAGCAGGAUAAUAAUGUGUCUGGAAAAAAAGAAGAGACGACAGAAGCACACCUACCUCUUACCACCGCCACAUGUGAUCCUCCCCUGACUUCAGAGGAAACAUCCCAGGAAAGUGCUGCAGUGAUCAAUAGUGAUUCGCUCACAGAUUCUGGUGCUGUGAACACUAAAAGUGACCAGGCUGUUGAGACCUCUCACCCCACAUGGCUUCCCUACUACCUGCGUAACUUCCGCACUGUGCUCGAGGCUGUCCUGGAGAAUGAGGAUGAUAGAGCACUGUUCGAUGAUCAUGACAUGUCAGUAGUGAAUGCUUUUGAGAAGCUAUCAGUCAUGGGCCAGAAACUGUACGUGAGACUCUUCCAGAGGAAACUGAAGUGGCUUCAGGUGAAUAAACUGGAUUAUGAAGAGAUAAGCAGUGAUCUGGGGCCUGUUGCACAGGAGCUUGUUCAAGCUGGUUUUCUACAGUCAGAGAGUGACCUUCAGGACUUAGGGGAAGCUCUGGAUCUCCUUCCAGCACCUGAACUCAAAUCUCUGGCCAAAACUUUCCACCUGGGUAACUCUGGGACUCAAAAACAGCAGCUAGUGGAUGGACUUCUCCGUCUGAGCAAACAAAAGUCCCUGUUCUUUGUGACUAAUGCACAGAACAAUAUUGGGGCUGUCAUCCUGAAAAGGGCAAGGCAGCUUGCUGGUUCCUGCGUGCGUCUGUGUCGUGGUCCCAGGGCCGUCUUUUCUCGCAUCCUCCUUCUUUUCUCCUUAACAGACACUAUGGAUGAGGAGGAGAUGGCAGCUGGUGGUCAGAACCAGCUUUUCACCAUCCUACUGGUUAACACAGGACGCCUAGCUUUCCCAGAUUACAAAGUACAGCGUGAGGCAAAGGUGUUCCUGGACAGGGACGAUCUUAUCAGAUAUGAAGCCUCCAUGCGAGCCCUGCUAGAGAUCGUCUCAGCUAUGCAGGGAGGUCAGUGGGAAGAGGCCAUGGAGCUUUAUUCUGCUGCCAAAAAUAUCUGGCUGGAGCUGAGGCAGAACCAUGACCUCAGUCACCAGGAGCAGCUGCCUGUGUUCCUGCGCAGUUUCACCACAGGUUGGGCCUACACUCGCAUCUUAUCCAGAGGGGUGGAGAUCUUGCAGAGGCUACGACGCUAUGAGGAAGCAAUAGAGGAACUUCAAUCCCUGCUGUUGCAGUCGAUCUACUGUCCUGAUAGUCGAGGACGAUGGUGGGACAGACUGGCACUAAACCUUCACCAGCACCUGAAAAAACCUGAGCAAGCCAUUAGUGCUAUCAGAGAUGGGCUGUCAGACCCUUUAGUGCGAACUGGACAUAAACUCUCCCUUCAUCAGAGAGCUGUAAGGAUGAAAGAGUCCGCCAGCUUCAAGAAAUAUCGCCUACGACUGAAAGAACUGCCCAGUGUUCAUGUCCAAGAUGUCAGACAUGUGACUAUCCGUGGACAGCUGUUCCCCCAUGAAGGAGGCACUGGAAAAUCUAGGUUUCUUUUACCAUCAAAUGGAGAGGGAGAUGAGGGUGCUAAUGCUACUGUAAUAUGCUCAGUGGAAGAGCUGUCUUUAGCACAUUAUCGUCAGCAAGGCUUUGACCAAGGAAUCCAUGGAGAAGGCUCAACUUUUUCAACACUGUUUGCUCUUCUACUGUGGGACAUCAUUUUCAUGGAGGGGAUUCCUGAUGUUUUCAGAAAUCCAUACCAGACAUGUCCACUGGAUUUUUACACCGACUGUUUCUAUGAGAACAGAAAAGAGGUGAUCGAUUCUCGUGUGCAGUUAAUUAGUGAGGCAUCCUCUGAGACUCUGCAUGACAUGAUGGAAAAUGUCUGGACCCCUCAGGAGGGUAAAGUGUGUUCAUUGGUCAACUGGGAACGAUUCUCAUCCCUUCAACAGGCACAGUCCCUGGUUUCAUGCUUGGGAGGAGCUUUCUUAGGAGGGGUAAUAGCAAGGAUGUCAAAGGACUUCAGACACUGCCGUGGAGGUCUGCCUGAUCUAGUGGUGUGGAACACUUCAAACAACACAUACAAGCUGGUGGAGGUGAAGGGGCCCAAUGAUCGAUUGUCCCAGAAACAACAGAUCUGGCUGGAUGAGCUGCAGAAACUAGGAGCUGAUGUGGAGGUGUGCCACGUGGAGGCCACUGGAGCCAGAGGAGCUCGUCUGGAAUAAACAGACAGAAAAUAUGACUAAUAAGACUUUGCUGCUAAUUAAUACUUGUGUGGUUGAUAUGAAAACAUGUGCAGAAGCAGUUUAUGAAUAAAUAUCUGAAUACUUUUUCUGAUUCUGCUAAUCUAGAACAGAUGUUCAGAGUUUGUCUGAAGAAAUGAAUGCAUUUUCCAUGCAUCACAGAUUGAACUCUGCAUGACUUUUGGAAAUGUUAUUGCAAGCCAUUUAAAUCCACUGCAUUCAUCGUGAAGAGGUGCAUCAUAACGAAGAUGAGAACUCCCAGGAUCAGAAAUAGCUUGCUUACAGAUCAUCUGAGCUGAUGCAUGAGAGGAAGGGGAUCUAACAACCACACCAAACUGAUGGUGUUUUCCUUUGGAACGCUAUGUUCUCUUGAUCUUAGGUUGCCAAGCAACAGAAACUCACAAUCGGUUGGCUGCUUAUGAAUUGGACAACUCUGUGAGUUUUUACUGUGCAACCAAUUACUGUAGUAAUUUGCCAAUAAAUCUACACUACUGUAUGAUAAAUAUCAGUUGCGUAUAAAGACAGAAUUAAAGGCUACAAUAAAUGAUUAUGCU